AUGGGUUCAAUCUCCGCUCUAAACGGAGUCGGCAUUUGCCCAUUGGGUGAUGGCUUUGUGCCACUGCCAGUGCCACCAUCUUCAAACCACGACAUUACUUUGCGAAAUUCUAUAGCUUAUACGACGUACGCCAGUCAGUCAGCCAUGGCUUCUGUUUCGAAUAUCAACAAGGGCAUUCCGUCGAAUUUCAUGAAUCUCCCAAUGGAUAUCCAUUUUCUCAUCUGCACCCUGGCAUCACCCUUCAGCAUCAUCGCGUUGAGACAGACCUGUAAAACAAUGCUUUAUGUGACUCGACAACGCGUCAUCUGGAUCAACGUCUUACAAAGAGUUUGCCACGAAAAGACCGUCUAUCCUGGGACAUACUCCCCGCUUUCGAAUCUGAAUCUUCCUGCCCUUGAACAUGCCGCUCUGGCUCCUUACAGAUUGGAACGCGAAGCACGGACAGCAUCGCAUCGGGAGGACGCGGUUAUGAAUCUCUCAAACAAGACUACUUAUCAACAGCAAAUCACUCCCGGGUCGAUGGCUUCGCCGGAAAAGUCAUUUCUCAUUCCAGGUGGCCGCUUUUUUGUUACUCUACAUCAUCGGAUUCUGGAGUUAUGGGACCUGGGUUUUCGCUGGCAGAGGGGACCCGACGGGCCGAUUGCGACUAUCCAUUCAGAGUGCCACUCGUUCACCAUCCAUCCUUCUUGCGAUGCACGUGCGAUCAGAAUUUUAACAGUUCGUUACCCUAUCGCCCCCAAUGAAGAAUACUCAUUCGAAGUUUUCGAAACCUAUCCGGAUCAAACAGAACCUCGGCUCGCCAAGAUCGCAAGUAUUCAAGCCAUCAGUCAAUAUCGUCUCUAUUUUACUUCAAUUUGCGAAAAUCUCCUAGUUCUCGUUCACGAACAUGCCAUCAAAAUAUGGGAUUUCGUCGGCAACAGAUGGACCUCGUGGUACACAGACCGCACGCCUCAGCAGGUGCCAUUUGUUCCUUCUUUCGCCCUGGAACUCAUUUCUCACCCCAGACUACAGAUUUUAAUGACAACCGACCAAAUUAUGCUGAUCGACAUAGCUCAGAGAGUGGCAGUUUGGGACAUCCCAGUUCUCUCUCCUGACGCAGCAACCUUUGCGAAGGCGCCAGAACCGGAACCAAGUCAUGAUCACGAUCCUCUUCGUUGCAUUUAUUUGCCGCAGGAAUACGGCCUGUGGUGGUGCAACGGUCUAUCUGACUGGUAUACUGGAAGCCAGCAGCCUCUUUGGUUUGAUGUCGUUUUGCCGUCUGUUCUCCCUUCAAGCCACCCAACAUUCCAAAGGUUCGAAGUGACGUCUUCCCACACAAAGGAAUCUCCUCAGGCCCUUGUGCACCUCUCUACGUUCUCUAUCGGAUCAUAUCAAUACGUUCUACCCUGUCGGGUGUCGGGAUCAGACCUCUCCUUUGUCUGGCUUGAUUCCACUCAUGUUCGUUGGCAGGUCGGACCAUCAUUGCGCGACAAGACUGGUUAUAGUGUGUCCUUGCUGAACCUUGCCAUCGACUCAGAUGAUUUUUUGAACGUUAGUUUCUGCCCGAUUGCUGGUCGGCUCUGUUACGCCUCUUCGGCAGGAAAUGCGAGAUAUAUCCACGUCAUCGAUUAUCUUAGCCCGCCUUCGGAUGCCUUCAGUAAUUAA